AUGCUUGGGAAAGAGUUGCCUCUCUCCGUAGAGUACCAGCUGGAUGACCAGCCUCUCCGCCGCUGUGAGCUGCAGAGGGAAGAGGCCUUUCUGAAACACGCCGACUACAUCCCCCAGUGUGCAGAAGACGGCAGCUUCCAGACUGUCCAGUGUGAGAACAGAGGCCUCUCCUGUUGGUGUGUGGAUGCUGAUGGCAGGGAAGUGGCCGGCAGCAGGCAGCCUGGACGCCCCUCUGCGUGUCUGUCCUUCUGCCAGCUGCAGCGACAACACGUCUUGCUGAGUGGCUACCUCAAUGGCACCAGCACAUCCUACCUCCCUCAGUGCGGAGAGUCUGGGGGCUACGCGGCCGUGCAGUGCGACCCGCGGCGGGGCCGGUGCUGGUGUGUGGAUGCAGAGGGCAUGGAGGUGUACGGGACCCGCCAGCCGGGCACACCGGCUCGUUGUCCGAGGGGCUGUGAGAUCAGAAGCCGCCGUCUGCUCCACGGCGUGGGAGGCAAGUCGCCGCCCCAGUGUACCCCAGAUGGGGACUUCAUGCCUGUCCAGUGCAAGUUUGUCAACACCACCGACAUGCUGGUAUUUGACCUGGUCCACAGCUACAACAGGUUUCCAGAUGCAUUUGUGACCUUCAGUUCUUUCCGCAGGAGGUUCCCAGAAGUGUCUGGGUAUUGCCACUGUGCAGACAGUCAAGGGCGGGAACUGGCUGAGACUGGUUUGGAGAUGCUACUGGAUGAAAUUUAUGACACUGUUUUUGCUGGCAUGGACCUCGCUUCCACUUUCGCUGAAACCACCCUGUACCGGAUACUGCAGAGACGCUUCCUAGCGAUUCAGCUGGUUAUCUCGGGCAGAUUCCGCUGCCCCACAAAAUGUGAAGUGGAGCAGUUCACAGCCUCCCGUUUUGGUCACCCCCACAUUCCCAGCUGCCACCAAAAUGGGGCUUAUCAGGCUGUCCAGUGCCAGAGGGAUGGACCGUGCUGGUGUGCAGAUGCCCAAGGAAGGGAGAUCCCUGGAACCCGGCAGCAAGGGGAGCCUCCAUCUUGUGCUGCGGGACGGUCCUGCACUUCCGAGAGGCAGAAGACCCUGUCCAGACUCCACUUUGGGCCCUCUGGCUACUUCACUCAACACAAUUUGUUCUUGGCACCGACACAGCGACAGGCCUCUCUGACAGUCCCCAGACCUGCCGCGUACUGCUCACCCUUGAUCAAGGAGCUCUUUGUGGAUUCAGGGCUUCUCCACUCAAUGGUAGAAGGACAAGGUGCACAGUUUGCCAUCUCAGAAAGUCUCCUGAAAGAAGCCAUCAGAGUGAUUUUUCCCUCCAGAGAGCUGACUCGUCUGGCCCUCCAGUUUACUACCAACCCAAAGCGACUGCAACAAAAUCUUUUUGGAGGGAAGUUUUUGGUGAAUGUUGGCCAGUUUAACUUGUCUGGAGCCCUUGGCACAAGAAGCACAUUUAACUUCAGUCAGUUUUUCCAGCAGCUUGGUCUUCCAGACUUCCAGAAUGGAGGGGCACAGGUUGGCCCUGUCAAGCCCUUUUUUGUGGGAUUGGAUUCAGAUCCUGAGACAGAAAAGCCUGGAGCCUUCAAGAAGGGCAUUAAUCUGAAUAAAACAGUUGUGGGCAGCUUUGGCUUUAAAGUCAACUUUCAAGAAAACCAGAAAGCCGUGAAGUUCCUAACUUCUCUCCUCGAGCUUCCCCAGUUCCUUCUAUUCUUACAGCAUGCCGUUUCUGUACCAGAGGAUGUUGUGAAGGACUUAGGUGAGGUGAUAGAAAUAGCGCUCGACUCCCAGGACUGUGAGCAGACACCUGGCAGCCUCUUCGUCCCGUCCUGUACAGUGGGAGGGAGUUACGAGCAUGUCCAGUGCUUUGCUGGAGACUGCUGGUGUGUGGACUCCUUGGGAGGAGAACUUCCUGGCUCUAGGGUCAGAGGUCAACACCCCAGGUGUCCCACAGAGUGUGAAAAGCAAAGAUUUCACCUGCAAAGCCUCUCUAGCAGCCAGCCUGCUGGGGCCAGCCUGUUUGUCCCAUCUUGUACCAGUGAGGGACAUUUCCUGCCUGUCCAGUGCUUCAACUCACAGUGCUACUGUGUUGACGUCGACGGUCACCCGAUUCCUGGUACACAAAGUGGACCUGGAGAACCCAAACACUGCCCCACGCCCUGUCAGUUAAGAGCCGAGCAAGCCUUCCUUGGAACGGUGCGUGCUCUAGCCUCCAAUUCCAGCACACCAGCCUGGCUUUCCAGCAUCUACGUUCCACAGUGCAGUGCCGGGGGGCAGUGGAGACAAGUGCAGUGUGAUGGUCCCCCCGAGCAGGCCUUUGAGUGGUAUCGGCAGUGGAGGACUCAGAACAGUGGUGGUCAGGAGCUGACCCCUACUGACCUGCUGGUGAAGAUCACGAACUAUAGAGAAGCGGCUUCUGGAAGCUUCGCACUCUUUCUUCAGAGUCUGUAUGAGGCUGGCCAACAAGGCGUCUUUCCAGGGUUGGCAAGAUACUCUUCUUUCCAAGAUGUCCCACUGGCAGUGCUGGAGGGGAACCUGACCCAGCCUGGAGAGAACAUUUUCCUGGAGCCCUACUUCUUUUGGCAGAUAUUAAACGGACAGCUUAGCCGGUACCCUGGAUCCUACUCAGAUUUUAGUCUGCCGUUGGCACAUUUUGACCUUAGGAGCUGCUGGUGUGUGGAUGAGGAUGGUCAAGAGCUACAAGGAACGAAGGCAGAGCCCAGCAAAUUUCCAGCAUGUCCUGGCUCUUGUGAGCAAGUAAAGCUUCGUGUUCUGCAAUUCAUUAAGGAAACAAAAGAGAUUGUCUUGGUUUCCAAUAGUUCCCAGUUCCCUCUGGGGGAGAGUUUCCUAGCGGCCCAGGGGAUUCAGCUGAGCAGUGAGGAACUUGCCCUGACUGGGCUGUCUUCAUCCCGCGAGACUUUCUUAGAGAAGUUUCUGAGUGGCGGCAAUUAUGCGAUUCGCUUGGCAGCUCAGUCCACCUUGGACUUCUACCAGAGCCGGAACAGCCUUGCCCUGGGGCACUCGACAGGAACCUCUGCCCCUCUGCGGUCUGGUCCCUACGUGCCACAGUGUGACGCCUUUGGAAACUGGGUGCCUGUGCAGUGCUAUGCCCAGACUGGACACUGCUGGUGUGUGGACGGGAAGGGGGACUACCUCCCUGCCUCACUGACUGCCCGCUCACCACAGACUCCUCAGUGCCCCAGCACCUGUGAGAAGUCCCGAGCCAGUGGGCUGCUUUCCAGCUGGAAGCAAGCUGGACCCCAAGGAAACCCAACCGCAAAGGACCUGUUCAUUCCUACCUGCCUACAGACAGGAGAGUAUGCCAGGCUGCAGAUGUCGGAGGCUGGAACCUGGUGUGUGGACCCAUCUUCAGGAGAGGCUGUGCUGCCCGGCAUGAACAGCAGUGCUCAGUGCCCAAGCCUCUGUGAAGCACUGCGGGGAGGAGUCCUCUCCAGGAGAACAGGCUUGGUUCACAGCCCGGCUUGCAGGGCAGCGGAUGGGGCCUUUUCCCCAGUCCAGUGUGACCCGGCCCAGGACAGCUGCUGGUGUGUCUUGAGCAGUGGAGAAGAGAUACCAGGGACCCGUGUGACCGGGAGCCAACCACCGUGUGACAGUCCCAAGUGCCUCCUGCCUUUCAACGUGUCAGAUGUGGCUGGAGGAGCCAUCCUGUGUGAGCCAGCCUCAGGCUCGGGAGCGACCGCCAUCCAGAAAUGCCGGCUGCUGUGUCUCCAGGGCUACUGGGACGUGCUCCCCACAGGCCCGCUGGAGUGUGAUCUCCAGAGGAGACGCUGGGUGUCCCAGCCGCCACAGCCCCAGGCCUGCCAGCGGCCCCAGCUGUGGCAGACCGUGCAGACCCAAGGACAGUUUCAGCUCCAGCUCCCAGCGGGCAAGACGUGCAGCGCUGACUACGCGGGCCUGUUGCGGGCCUUCCAGGUCUUCACACUGGACGAGCUCGCGGCCCGCGGCUUCUGCCAACUCUGGGUGACCACUUUGGGGACUCCUGUUUCCAUCCCCAUCUGUGAUGACUCCACAGUGCAGGUGGCAUGUCUGACAGGCGAGAGCUUGGGAGUGAAUGUCACAUGGAAGCUUCGGAUUGAAGAUGUCCCAGCAGCCUCACUCCCUGACAUGCGUGCCAUCGAGGAAGCUCUGUUAGGCAAGGAUCUUGUUGGGCGCUUUGCAGAUCUGAUCCAAAGUGGUACUUUCCAGCUUCAUUUGGAUUCUAAGACAUUCCAAGCAGACACCUCCGUUCACUUCUUCCAAGGGGACAGCUUGGUCGCCUCCCCCAGGACAUGGUUUGGAUGCUUGGAAGGCUUUUACCCCAUCUUGGCCACCCCCAGUUUCAUCCAGGAUCCACUGGGCUGUGUUAAGUGUCCCGAAGGAAGCUUUCUUCAGGAUGAGCAGUGUAUUCCCUGUCCUGUUGGAUUCUAUCAAGAACAAGCAGGAAGCGUGGCCUGUGUCCCGUGUCCAGUGGGCAAAACAACUGUUUCUGUUGGAGCUUUCAGCCAGACCCACUGUAUCACUGACUGUGAGAGGGAUGAGGCUGACCUGCAGUGUGACCACAACGGCCGGUACCGAGCCAGCCAGAGGGACAGAGCCAGCGGGAAGACCUUCUGUGUGGACGGCAAGGGGCAGAGACUGCUGUGGUCUGAAACAGAAACCCCACUCACUGACUCCCAGUGUCUGAUGAUGCGGAAGUUUGAGAAGUUUCCAGAAUCCAAGAUGAUCUUCAAGGAGGACAUUUCUACGUCGGUCAGGUCUAAGGUUCCUGACUCUGAAGCCUCAUUGAUGCAGUGCUUGGCAGACUGCGCAUUGGAUGAGACCUGCAGCUUCUUCACGGUGUCCAUGGCGGGGUCAGAAGUCUCAUGCGAUUUCUACACCUGGGCGAGUGACAACAUUGCCUGUGUGACUUCCAGUCCGGACCAAAAUGCACUGGGGAACUCAGAGACCACCAGCUUUGGAAGUCUUCAGUGCCGGGUGCAAGUCAGAAGAGGGAAUCAGGACUCCCUGGCUGUGUAUUUGAAAAAGGGUCAAGAAUUCACCACAGCAGGCCAGAAGGGCUUUGAGCAAACCGGGUUCCAAAACACGCAGUCGGGAAUGUACAACCCUGUGGUGUUCUCAGCUUCUGGAGCCAGACUGACGGAGGCCCAUCUCUUCUGUCUCCUGACAUGUGACCGCGACUCCUGCUGCGAUGGCUUCCUCCUGGCACAGAUACGAGGAGGUCCCAUCCUCUGUGGGCUGCUAAACUCACCGGACAUCCUGCUUUGCCAUGUGGAAGACUGGAGAGAGGCCUCUGAAGCCCGUGCUGACACCUCGUGUCUCAGUGUGACCUACGAUCAGGGGAGCAGCCUGGAGACACUGAGUCUGGGAGGCCAGGAGUUCAGGGGUGUGACCCUGUCGGAAGGAACUGGAGGCACCGAUAGCAGUUUUCAGCAGGUUUAUCUUUGGAAAGAUUCUGACAUGGUGUCUCGGUCCGAGUCUAUGGGAUGUCAAAGAAACAUGACACCAAGACCAGAAUUUCCAACAGAAGCAGAAGCAGUGACAGAACUUUUUAUCCCUGUGGACACUGGCCUGGUCACUGUUGAUGGGAACCAGUCCCUGGCAAGCCAGCAGCACCGGCUUUUCAAAUCUCUCUUUUCAUCUCAGCAGGCGCGUCUGUGGUGCCUUUCUCGCUGUGUCCAGGAACCGUCUUUCUGUCAGCUGGUGGAGAUCACAGAGGGUGAGCCCUUGUACUUCUCCUGCACCUUCUACCCAGAGGCUCAAGUGUGUGAUGGUGUCUUAGAGUCCACUUCCAAGGGCUGCAGACUGGUCUUUCCCCACAGGCCAGAGGCCCUGUUCCAGAAGAAAGUUGCACUGAAAGGUAAAGUGAAGAACUUUUAUACUCGUCUUCCUUUCCAAAAACUGACAGAAAUCUCCAUUAGACGCAAAGUGCUGAUGUCUGACAAGACCAUUUCGGAGGGAUUUUUUGAAUGUGAACAACUGUGUGAUUUGGACCCGUGCUGUACUGGCUUCGGCUUUCUCAAUGUUUCCCAGUUAAAAGGAGGAGAGGUGACCUGUUUAACUUUGAACAGCUUGGGGCUUCAGAUGUGCAGCGAAGAAAAUGAAGGAGCUUGGGGCAUUUGGGACUGUGAUUCCCCUGAUGUGGAAGUUCGGACCUACCCCUUUGGAUGGUACCAGAAGCCUGUUGCUCAAAAUGGCGCCCCCAGUUUUUGUCCUUUGGUCCGUCUGCCAUCCCUCCCGGAAGUUGCUCUGGAUUCAUGGCAGUCCCUGGCCCUCUCCUCAGUCAUUGUUGACCCAUCCAUUAGGAGCUUUGACGUUGCCCACAUCAGCACGACCACUGUCAGUGACUUCUCUGCUGCCCAGGAUGUCUGUUUAUGGGAGUGCUCUCGUCACCAGGCCUGCCUGGUCACCACUGUAAAGACCCAGCCUGGUGCUGUGAGGUGUGUGUUCUAUCCUGACACCCAGACCUGCACACACAGUCUGCAGACCCAGAGCUGUCAACUUCUGCUCCGUGAAGAGGCUACCUACAUCUUCCGUAAGCCAAAUAUCCCUCUGCCUGGCUUUGGGACAGUCACACCUUCUGUGACCAUCACCACUCAUGGCCAGCUGCUGGGCAGGUCGCAGGCUAUCCAGGUGGGCACUUCAUGGAAGCAAGUGGACCAGUUCCUGGGAGUUCCCUAUGCCACCCCACCCUUGGAGGAGAGACGUUUCCAGGAACCAGAGCCCUUGAACUGGACAGGGUCUUGGGAUGCCACCAAACCACGGCCCAGCUGCUGGCAACCUGGUGUCUCUCCUGGAGUCAAUGAAGACUGCUUGUAUCUUAAUGUGUUUGUUCCUCAGCAUGUGGUCCCUAACGCAUCUGUGCUGGUAUUGUUUUACAACACCGGGGAGGGCAGAGGGAGCGGAGGACGGCUGGGCCUUGAUGGCUCCUUCCUGGCUGCCGUUGGCAAUCUUGUCGUGGUCACCGCCAGCUACCGAGUGGGCGUCUUCGGCUUCCUAAGUUCUGGUUCUGGUGAGCUGAGUGGCAACUGGGGUCUGCUGGACCAGGUGGCGGUUUUGACCUGGGUGCAGACCUACAUCGGAGCAUUCGGUGGGGACCCUCGGCGUGUGUGCGUGGCAGCAGACCGUGGCGGAGCUGACACGGCCGGCAUCCACCUUCUCACCAACUCCAGACUCUUCCAGAGAGCAGUGCUUAUGGGUGGUUCUGUGCUUUCCCCGGCCGCUGUCAUCAGUCAGGAGAGGGCACAGCAGCAGGCAGCUGCUUUGGCCAAGGACGUCGGGUGCCCCAGCUUAUCCACCCAAGAAAUGGUGACCUGCCUCCGCCAGAAACCUGCCCGCGUCCUCAAUGAUGCCCAGACUAAGCUUCUGGCAGUGAGCGGUCCUUUCCACUACUGGGGCCCCGUAGUUGAUGGCCGGUACCUCCGAGAAUCCCCUUCCAGAGCACUGCAGAGGUCUCCUCGGACCAAGGUUGACCUGCUCAUUGGGAGUUCGCAGGACGACGGACUCAUCAGCAGAGCAAAGGCUGUGAAGCAAUUUGAGGAAAGCCAAGGCCGGACCAGUAGCAAAACAGCAUUUUACCAGGCUCUGCAGAAUUCACUGGGUGGCGAGGAUGCUGACUCUGGAGUUCUGGCUGCUGCUACUUGGUAUUACUCCCUGGAGCACUCCACAGACGACUACGCCUCCUUCUCCAGGGCCCUAGAGAACGCCACCCGGGACUACUUCAUCACCUGCCCCGUGAUCGACAUGGCCAGCCACUGGGCCAGGAGGGCUGGAGGCAGUGUCUUCAUGUACUACGCUCCUGAGAGCUAUGGUCACAGCAGCCUGGAGCUACUGGCAGAUGUUCAGUACGCCUUUGGCCUUCCCUUCCACCCUGCCUAUGAGGGACAGUUCACUCUGGAGGAGAAAAGCUUGUCGCUGAAAAUCAUGCAGUACUUUUCCAACUUCAUCCGGUCUGGAAAUCCCAACUAUCCUCAUGAGUUCUCCAGGAAAGCAGCUGAAUUUGCAACCCCAUGGCCUGACUUUGUCCCUUACGCCAGUGGGGAGAGUUACAAGGAGUUCAGUGCCCUGCUCCCCAAUCGACGGGGCCUGAAAAAGGCCGACUGCUCCUUCUGGUCCAAGUACAUCCAGUCUCUGAAGGCAUCAGCGGAUGAAGCUAAGGAUGGGCCAUCUGCAGGGAGUGAAGAGGAGAACCAGUCGGCUGAUUUUGAGCUUGGAGAAGACAUCCCAGAGAGAGGACCCAAAAGCUACAGCAAGUGAGCGUCUGACCCACUCUGCCAACCCCAUCAUGGCCGCCACCAUGACCGCCUGACUGUCUAACUUUCAAUAAAGUGUAUACAUGCAGUGAAA